GAACAACUGUCAGAUUCGUAUAUAAAUGAAGUAGGCUGCGAACGUCUCUCUUUUAUAACCUCAAAAAUGCGCGAGAAGUAUCACUCAGAGAUGGCGAAGUGAGUUUAUUUUUAAUUUUAAAAAGUGUUUAAGUGAACGGAUCAUCAUCAUGCCGUCGAAAAAGAGAAAAUACAACGCAAGGUUUCCAGCGGGGCGAAUUAAGAAGAUUAUGCAAACGGAUGAAGAAGUGGGGAAGGUUGCACAUGCUGUACCCAUCAUAAUCUCUCGUACACUGGAGCUGUUUGUGGAGUCGCUAUUGUGCAAGGCGAUGUCAGUUACGUUGAAUCGCAACGCUAAGACGGUCAGCCCUUCGCACUUCAAGCAGUGCAUUCUGGCGGAGUCCAGGUUUGACUUCCUCAGGGAUCUGGUGAAGAAUAUACCAGAUGUUUCGCCUGCAGAUGAAAAGGACAUGAGCGCUGAAAGUUCACCAAAUUCUUCCAGAUUUCCAGACGCGAUCCAGCCACCUCGGAGGAUAGCACGAGGAGAUUCCAGCAGUUCUAGCAGUUCAGAGAUAUCGCAACUCUCACAACAAAAAGAUAACCUCAAAAGAAUUCACUUAGAAACAGAAGUCACACGACCACGUAACGAAACCGUCACUUGCGUAGAUUCAGCUAUAGACUUAAGUAAGAAAGACGGACCCAAACAAGUACGAAUAGCUAAUUUCUAUCAAGAAACAUUACUCGACGAACAUCCAAGCGUUAUUACAGUCAAUCCAACAUAUUCUAGCCCUCAACCGUCAACUUCUAGUUGUGUUAAUCUAUCUAAUGUCGAAGCAAAUAAGGUCGAAGUUACCGUGCCAAAGCCGAAACAUAAGCCAAUGUUCUAUGUAGAUGUUAAACAAAAUAAUGUACCUAAAACUCCGACUCCGCGAACACCCGUCACUCCCGUACUAAAUAUAGACUUUACUAAAAAUCUAGCUAAACCAGAAAUCAGAGUUCUUGAUACAGCAGUAGCUAGUAUCGUCGGAGUGCCAAAGAAUGAUAAAACUUCAAAGUUGCAAAGGCGAAAUUCAAAAGUUAAAAUUGAUACUAAAAAAUUUGAACCCAAACCUAUUGUUCAAACUCCGCAGGUAGAUAUUGAUCAUUUGAAUUCCGGUAAUUUACAAAUUGACGAAGACUAUGAUACCUGAAUAAAUAAGUUUUGUUUUUUCUUGUUUAAUUUGUUGUGCUAUUUUAUAGCGGGUAGACAUGAAAUUUGUUAUCCAAAUAAUUCUUCUAUAUUACAACCAGUAAGCAACAUCUUUAUAAAGUAAAUUAAAAAGAAAGGCCAUCUCAAAG